CAUGGUCACCUGUACAGCAAGAGCAAGAGCAAGUCUGCCAUACCACAGUGUUUACAUCUGACGCAACGAGGAAGGCCAGGCGCUCUUCACCUUAUUUCACCGAUAAUCACCUCUUCACCUGUAAUCAAGCCCCUCCGCCACUCAUCAAAGGCAGCAGGUGUCCAGAAUGUUGGCAGCAAGGUUGACCAGUGUGUGCCGGGGGAGUGCCGGCGUGCUGCUGCGGCCCACCCUGGCAGCAGCGGCCCCCCGGCCCCCCCUUGCCCAAUUGGCCCGGGGCUACAGGGAACCCGGCCGCCCCUUCGCCCGCCGCUCCAGGCUGAGGGAGGCGCAGGCACAGGUGGCGGAGACUGCUGCGCAGGCCACGAAGGGCAAGGUUGGCGCGAUGGAGGUGGGCCAGAUUGCAGUGGCCGGCGGUGCUGUGCUGGGUAUCGGUGCCCUUUGUUACUAUGGCCUCGGGAUGUCCAAUGAGCCGGGGGCCAUCGACCGCGUGGUGAUCUGGCCGCAGUAUGUCAGGGACCGCAUUCGUGACACCUACUCGUACUUUGGGGCGUCCUGCGUCGCCGUGGGUGCCUCGGCCGUGGCUGUGUUCCGCUCACCCCUCGGACACCGCUUCUUCGCCCUCUGCUCGCGCCACCCCAUCAUGUCGACUGUUGGCAUCCUGGUGGGUCUGGUGGGCACUGGGCAGGCCAUGAUGUCCAUCCCUUACUCCCCCGGGCUGGGCGCCAAGCAGAUGAUGUGGCUGGUCAACUGUGGCAUGCUGGGCCUGGCCAUCGCUCCCAUCGGCGCUCUGGGCGGGGCCAUCGCCAUCAGGGCCGCCUGGUACACUGCUGGCAUCAUCGGCGGGCUCAGCACCGUGGCCGUGUGUGCCCCCAGCGACAAGUUCCUCAACUGGGCGGGGCCGCUGGGCAUUGGGUUGGGCGGGGUGCUGGUGGCCUCGCUGGGGUCCGCCUUCCUGCCUGCCUCGUCCUCCCUGGCCAUGCCCCUCUACUCCAUCUCCCUCUAUGGUGGCCUCCUGCUGUUCUCGGCCUUCCUGCUCUACGACACACAGAAGGUGGUGCGCAAGGCCGAGACUCACCCUAACAUGUGGGGCGUGGUGCCGUACGACCCCAUCAACAUGUCCCACCACAUCGUAAUGGACGCCGUCAAUAUAUUCGUCCGCAUCGCACAGAUUCUCGCGAUGGGCGGCGCAGGACGGAGGAAGUGAAGUGGUUUGGCUGUUGGUUGUCUGGAAUUGUUCGGUUGUUCUUGGUAGGUUGGGUUGGGUUGACUGUGUGUGUGUGUGAGAUGAAAUGAGUUAGUGGUAUGUUGGGUUGGUGUGUGUGUGUGUGUGUGUGUGUAUGAGUCUGUGUGUGUGUGUGUCUGUGUGAGAUGGAGUGAGUUCAUGGCGCUGUGAUGUAAUUACUGAACAUAUAGAGGCCGUUACGAUUAUGUUAUUUAUGGAAUUGUUUCGCUCAUACAUUGUCUAGGCUCCCUGUUGAAUGGUGGUGUGUGUGUGAGAGAGAGAGAGAGAGAGAGAGAGACCAUACACUCAAAAACCCUAUGUAAAGUGCAGAGACCAAGGAAAGCAAGUAAGGGCAUAUUGGCAUAAUUAUAAGAAGGAAUCAUCUGGUUCACGAGGGUCUUGAGUCGGGAAACUAAUGCCCUGUGUGUGUGUGUGUGUGCGUAAGAUACAGGGCUAGACAUUACUAUACUACAUAUGUUGCUUAGAAGUGUUGAUUAUGUGGUUCACUAUAUAUUCUGACUCCUUGCCAUGCUGUACUUCACCCUCAUGAUGUACUAUUUACAAGUGGUGAUGGAGGGGAAGAUCUGUAUUGCUGGUGUAAAUAGAUGGGCAAUGAGCUGUCCUAGUAUCUCUUAAUCAAUAAAGUAGAACAUCUGUA